AUGUGCGACAAGUAUAUAAUUGGUUAUUCUAUAUCUGAAAAAAAGCGACAAAAAUUUAAUUGGAACGAUUUUUAUAAUGUUUGCGAAUCCGAAGGGUUCUUAUUAAAAAUGUUUUUAUCUAAUCUACCAACUGUUUUUAUAUUUCACCAAACUAAUUCAUUUCAGAUUGACAUAAACUCCGAUCUUGAACCUCAGGGACCAUUUCAUGUUUUUAUAUACAAGCUGACCGACAAACUAGCCAAUGCUGAAAAUGGUGAUCAAAAUGCCAAAGCAAUUAUUUCAAAAAUUCAACGAUAUUUCUGUCAGCAUCCUAAAAUAGUACUUAUCGACCCAUUGGACAAUGUUAAAAUUUUAAUAAACCGUUAUAAAUCGUAUGAAAUCCUGCAAGAACAUGUACAGUUUAAUGAUGUAUUUACUCCAAGGUUUGUAGAAAUUAAAAGUAAAAGUAAUGUUGAGAAUAUAUCGCUGUUGAAAAUGGCAGAUAUUAAGUUUCCAUUUCUUUGCAAACCGCUUAUUGCUCAGGGUUCCAGCGAUGCUCAUAAGAUGAUGGUGAUUUUCAAUGAACAGGGUUUGAACGAUUGUCAGCCACCUUGCGUGGCUCAAGAGUUCAUCAACCAUAAUGCGAUUGUUUACAAAAUAUAUAUAGUUGGUGAACAUUUUCAUGUAGUUGAAAGACCCAGUUUUAAAAAUUUUUACCAACAAGACUGUUCCGCAUUAAACACAAUAUUUUUUAACUCCCACGAUAUAUCAAAGAGUGGUUCUAGAUCUAAAUGGUCCAUUCUGGCGGAAGAAGACAUUCCAUUAACGGUAAAACCAAAAUACGAAACAUUGGACAAGAUUGUCAAGAAAGUAACAGAACUGUUUGGACUUCUUUUGGUUGGUGUCGAUGUUGUUAUUGAAAAUCAUACUGGAAAAUAUGCAAUAAUUGAUGUUAAUGUGUUCCCCGGUUAUGAUAGUUAUCCUAAUUUUUUUGAACAGUUAAUAAGCUGUAUCAAAAAAUUGUUGGUCAAACAAACAGAAUCAGAAGAAAAUACGAAAAGUUAUACGCUAAAAAAAUGUUUGAGCGAUGAUCUAGAUUCUGGUUUCGAAAGUGAUGAGAGAAAAAGAAAUAUUCUGCAAAGACAAAUAACUAAUAUGAAUAACAAACAAAGUAAACGGAUGAAUUCUAUAUCAAACUGA